AACUGACUGCACUCAGAGUUAAGGAGAGUGCAACAGAAAAAGUAAAAGAUUAGGCAUCAGCGCUUCUGCUGUCUAAAUUGUUGAUAUUAGACUGAUCGUGUAAAGAGAUUUCACUUCUCUGGAAGUAGCUCAGCAACACAAAAGUUCAUUUAUUCUCAAGACUCACACAUUAGUGACUGGAGUGAGUUCAAACAUGAAAAGUGAAAUCUGACGUCACUUUCAGCAAAUACAAGCGACACCUGAAGGAAGGCAUGUCUCAACAUGAACAAGUCACAGACAAAGUCCUUAUGAUUAGGUGAACGUAGAAAGUUUAAAUGCCAAAGGAUUGCAACAGCAGGAUAUCCAGUGUGGGAGAAUGCAAAUCAAAAAACACAUUUUUAUUGCAGCCACUUCUUAGGAAGACAUUCUUGGACGGGGUCCACGUGCCUGUGAGUGUAUAUAAGGAGGUUCAGAGAUGAUGAACCUCAGUCCUGCACACUCAGGCAGCUCAAGAAGAGAAGGAGACGCACAGCAGCAGAGAUCCUUCAUAUCUGAGAAGAACAAAUCAGUUGAAGACUGAGCCUUCAGUAGAUCCUCCACUCACUAAUUGAAAAGCUUUAAGAUGAAGACAAGUGUUGCCAUCCAGUGCAUCGUUCUCCUGGCCUGCAUGGCCCUUUGCACUUCAGUAGUUAUUCCAAGGUGCCGCUGUGUGAAGACCAGUAAGUCUGUAAGGAUCACUCUCAUCACUCAACUCAAGGUUCAUGACCCUCGUCCACACUGCAACAAGAGAGAAGUCAUUGUCACACUGAAGGAUGGGAGUGAACGGUGCCUCGAUCCUGAGUCACAAUUCACCAAAAUGCUGCUGGAAAAACUGAAUCAGAUGAAAAAUAUUCCCGUCAGCCCUCAAACAACCACAUCACCAGCCAUAGUGCAAGAAUCACCAUGAUCCACUUUGCAUGUUUAGUGCUGGUACAACAUGUGUGGAUCAAGAAGAAGGAGCAGCACAGCUCUGGUUCUCACCACAAAAUAGAAAUGCAAAGUAGACACUGACGGCUACAACUGACAGCAUGAUGUAAAUGGAUUUAAUAUGAGAUGUAAAAUAUUUAUUAUACAAGUUCUCAGUCAUUUUUUUCUGGAGACAAUCAGGGACGGGUGUUGGAAAUCUUGUCCUUCAGUCUGUCUUCAGAUUGAAUUUCUGAUUAAUAAGCAUAUAUUUUAUUUAAAAAGUAUGUUCUUUGAUUAGUUUUGUGUCAGACAGCAGUGCUCUUAUUCAGUGCACAUGCAGACAUGAUGUGAGCAGAUGUGUGUCAUAAAUAUGAGCAGUGGUUAUAGGUUAUUAUGUAAUUUAUCUAUUAUUUAAAGGGUUUGUAAACAAUUAAAGAAUAGAACUUCAGUGGAUACAGCAUGUUUAUGUACCAUGUUUGUUUUUGAUGCUGAAAAGUUCCUCAAAAUAAAUAAUAAAU